AUCAGCACACAAUCCAAAGUGAUCUUCAUCUUCAAGUGUAUCUCAUUUAUGAUCCUAGCGAAACAGCGCUCCUGAAGAAUGAGCUACGCGCGUCGAAUCGCAAGAACGAGCUGGUAAAUGGCUAGAAAAUUGCUUGAAACUCCGACGAACCUGCAAUCGAGUGCAAUCUCCAGCAAGCAUCAUCGCCAAAACACGUACCUCAGCGCAACGGGCGCACCUGAGCGGUUGUAAAUUAUCCUGGGCCAUCGUGCUUCCUUCUGGCCAUCGAGAGUGUGUUUGAGUUUUCUCCCACCCACUCGUUAGGUUGAUUGGUGUUUAUUUUUAUCCAACCGUGUGAUUAAUUGUGCAAAGAGCGCAGAUCCUGCAGAGACUUUGAUGUAAACAAAACAAAUAACACGACUAUUUUCGGGUCCUGCAUCAUCACCAUCGAACACAAUCCCGCACACACAAACACGUGCUCUGGCGGACCGGACGACCUUGCCGGGGCGUGAAUCAUUCAAACAACAGUGUAAUUAGUGUAAUGUUAAGCGUGUAGAGAGAUCGGCAUCGGCGGCUCUAGUGAUAGAACGGUACACAGCAGCAAGAGCAAGAAAGUAAACCAACCACUGACCUACCACCACCACCAUCAGCAACACCACUAGGUCCACUCUUCCCAACAAAGUAGAUUGCCGAAUACUACACUCGAAUCCUUCACCCGGACAACACUUCACAUCUUCUUCCUGCUUUAAGACAGAAGUACAAUUAUCGCCGACAGAAUGGAUGUUCAAGUACAGGGCACCCCGCAGUACUACCAGGAACUGCAGCAGCAGCAGCACCCUCGUGACUACGACGACCCGGACGCGGACGAGGAGGCAGAGAUGGAGGCGGAGCGCGAUUUGGCCGAAGACGCGCAGUGGAAGCGGAUACAGCAAAACACGUUCACGCGCUGGGCCAAUGAGCACCUGAAGAUCAUCAACCAAACAAUUGCCAAUCUCGAGAGCGAUCUGUCCGAUGGUUUGCGGCUGAUCGCGCUAAUCGAGGUUCUGUCACAGAAGCGCAUGAGCAAACACAACAAGCGGCCCACCUUCCGCAGCCAGAAGCUGGAGAAUGUGUCCGUCGCGCUCAAGUUCCUCGAGGUGGAGGGCAUCAAAAUUGUCAACAUCGAUUCUUCGGACAUUGUGGACUGCAAGCUAAAGCUGAUUAUGGGCCUGAUUUGGACAUUGAUUCUGCACUACUCCAUCUCGCUGCCAAUGUGGGAAGGGGACGAAAAUGGAGACAAUCUCGCCAACGGUAACGGGGCCUCACCGAAGCAGCGACUGAUGAACUGGAUACACCGGCUGGUACCGGAUCUUCCCAUCAACAACUUCACCUCGGACUGGACCAACGGUAAAGCUGUCGGAGCGCUGGUCGACGCUGUUGCGCCCGGUCUCUGUCCGGACUGGCCAAUGUGGGACCCGAAAGAUGCGGUACAGAAUGCGGCCGAAGCGAUGGGCCUGGCGGACGACUGGCUGAACGUACGUCAGCUCAUCCGACCGGAGGAAAUGGUGAAUCCCAACAUUGAUGAACAAUCGAUGAUGACGUAUCUGUCCCAAUACCCGAACGCCAAGUUGAAGCCAGGAGCUCCACUUCGACCGCGCACUAAUCACAGCAGUGUUCCACCGCCGCGGGUGCGCGCAUACGGUCCAGGAAUUGAGCCAACUGGUCCAACGGUGGGAGCUCCAGCGAACUUUACCGUGGAAACGUUUUCGGCUGGCAAGGGCAACGUUGACGUAGCCGUACACAAUCCGAACGGCAACCCGGAAAAAGUUGACUGCCGCUUCAACAACGACAAGAACCUAACGUACUCCGUCUCGUACAUCCCGAAGCUGGAGGGUCCGCACAAAGUGUACGUCAAGUUUAACGGGCGCGACAUUCCGAAGAGCCCGUACGAGGUGCAGGUGGAAAGUCAAGCGGGCGAUGCGUCGAAGGUGACGGCAAGCGGGCCUGGCCUGCUGCCGGACGGUGUAGUAGUUGGCAAGCAAACGUAUUUCGAUAUCACGACGAAAGACGCGGGCAAGGGUACGCCAGAGGUGAUCAUUCUUGAUCCUGCAAACCACAAGACAUCGGUAGCGGCCAAGCUGCGCCAGGUCGGCACGGACCAGUGGCGGUGCGAGUACACGGCCAAGCAGGUCGGGCUGCACUCAGUCAACGUGUUCUUCUGCGGCCAGCAGAUCCGCGGCAGUCCUUACGGGGUGCGUGUCGCCCCGGUAUGCGAUCCGCGCAAGGUGCGAGCGAGCGGACGAGGGUUACAGCCGGUCGGUGUUCGCGUGAACGAUGAUGACGUCACGUUCCGCAUAUUUACCGAGGGCGCCGGAGAAGGCAUCCCGGAGGUGAAGAUAUUCGGCCCAGGCGGGGUCGUACCGGAGCAUAGCAUCCGCAAGCUAGAUGCCACCACGUACGAGGCACAAUACAUUCCACUGAAGGAGGGUCGUUAUAAAAUCCUGGUGCUGUACGGCGGCCAGGAAAUCCCCAAAUCCCCGUUCGAGGUUACGGUCGGACCACAGAAACACACCUCAAUCGUGGCGUACGGCCCGGGACUGAAAUCGGGCAUGGUUGGCCAACCGGCCUGUUUCGUCGUUGAGACGAAUGGAGAAACUGGCAAUCUUGGAUUCAGCAUCGCCGGUCCUUCCCAGGCCGAAAUCGAGUGUCACGAUAACGGGGAUGGAUCCGCACUAGUCAAAUACCAUCCGACCGCACCGGGCGAGUACGCCGUGCACAUUCUUUGCGACAACGAGGACAUCCCGAAAAGCCCGCACAUCGCCCAGGUACUUCCGAAGGCGGAUGAUUUCCACCCGGAGCUGGUGAAGGUGACAGGACCGGGCGUGGAAAAGACCGGAGGUGUGAUCGUGGGUAAACCGACCGCAUUCACCGUCGAUGCGACCCGUGCCGGUUCGGCACCGCUGGAGGUGAAAAUAAACGACGUUUUCUCCAACACCAUUGCGCACAAGAUCACACAAACGGAGAGCGGGGUGAAGAAGGUCUCGUACACCGCCCCCUCGGCUGAACCGGUCACGGUAGAGGUGAAUUACGGUGGCGUUGCCGUACCGCAAUCACCAUUCCGUGUGAACGUUUCCACUCCACUGGACGCAUCGAAAGUGCAGUUCUUCGGACCAUGGUUGGAGCCAGGUGUCAAGCCGAACGCGGCUACACACUUCAACGUGGAUGCAAGGGCCGCCGGUAAUGGACUGUUGGAGGUGAAUCUGGUGCACGAAGAAUCGAAGCAGAAGGUGCCAGUACGCAUCAUCGACAAUAACGAUAAUACGUACGCGGUGGAGGUGAUACCGCCGCUAGCGGGCACCUAUUCGACGAAUUUGCUGUACGGUGGCCUAAAGGUGCCGCUAUCGCCGAAAGUCACAGUGUCGUCGCCCGUCGAUGUGUCAAAGAUAAAGGUGGACGGACUAGAGCCGACCGCACCGUUGAACAGCCUGCAACAGUUCCGCGUAAUUACGAAUGGCAUCGGGAAGGCAGACCUAGCCGUGACCAUCACUAGCCCGUCAGGGAAUCGUGUGAAGGCACACGUCAUACCGACCGCCGAAGGUUUCCUGGUGAACUUUACCCCUACCCAGCUGGGCGAGUACUUGUUGAGUGUGAGUUUUGGUGGCACUCCCAUUACGCCACAACCGUUCCGUUUGCAGUGUCUGGUCGGUUCGGAUUCGCGAAAGGUGCAAGCCAGCGGUCCGGGGCUGGUGCGUGGAAUCAUCAACCGGCCGGCAGAGUUUAUGAUCGAUACGCGCGGCGCUGGGCAGGGUGGGUUGGGCGUAACGGUCGAGGGUCCGUGCGAAGCGGCUAUCAACUGUCGCGAUAAUGGGGACGGCACGUGCAACGUGGCCUACCUGCCGACGGAGAUCGGUGACUAUACGAUCAACAUCACGUUCAACGAUGAUCAUAUUGCCGGUUCGCCCUAUCAGGCUAUCAUUGUGCCGGAACCGAAUCUCAACAAGAUACGCGUGUCCGGAAUGGGCAUACAGCCACACGGCGUCGUCAUGAAUGCUCCCACCGAUUUCCUGGUCGAUAUGAGCAAGGUCGGUGAUGACGUAGACCGGUCCAAGCUGUCGUGCAAUAUCUUUGAUCCGCGGGGCAAUGAGAUACCGAGCAAACUGGUACCGAGUGACUCAGCCGACGACGUAUUCCGCAUCAUGUACACCCCUUUCGAGGCGGGUCGGCACACAAUCGAGCUGCUGUACGAUAACGUUCCCGUGCCAGGCUCGCCAUUCGUCGUGAACGUUAAGUCCGGUUGUGAUCCAACUCGCUGCCGUGCGUACGGUCCGGGACUGGAAGGGGCACUUACCGACAAACUGGCCACCUUCACGGUAGAAACACGUGGAGCCGGUGCUGGUGGGCUUUCACUAGCGAUUGAGGGUCCGUCUGAAGCCAAAAUGAGCUGCACCGAUAAUCGGGACGGAUCGUGCGACGUUGAGUACAUGCCUACGGAACCGGGCGAGUACGAUGUGACGAUUCGGUUCGCCGACAAGCACAUCCCCGGAUCACCGUUCAGAGUGGUCGUAAACGAAUCCACCCGCCCAGAGAAGGUAAAGGUGUACGGUCCGGGCAUCGAACAUGGUCAGGUGUACGAAGGCUUGCCGGCACAGUUCUUCAUCGACUGUGGUGAAGCUGGACCGGGAAAAAUCGGCGUUACGCUUAGCUCGUCGGAAGGCAAACCAAUCACCGCUCAGGUGCAGGAUAAGGGUGACGGUGUGUACGGUGUAACAUACGUUGCGCCUAAGGAAGGAUCCGUCAUUACGGCGAACGUACGUUUCGCGGACCAGCACGUAAGCUGCAGUCCGUUCGUAAUGACCGUUGCGCCGGCCCCGAACGAUGUGCCGGUAAAAGUGUACGGCGAGGCGACGACAAAGAAAGCUUUGCCCGCGUCCUUGCCUGCCAAGUUCCAGAUCGAUGCCCCGAAGGCCAAAGCCAAAGAGGACAUCAACGUCAGUAUCAAGGGACCGGAUGGGAAGCCGCUGGUGCCAAAAAUGGAACAGGAAGCGGACGGUACCUAUGCAGUGUCGUUCGUGCCGGACGAAUGCGGUCCAUACAACGUCAGUAUUAAGUGCGGUGGAAAAGACGUGCUCGGUUCGCCCUUCCUACUGCAGGCCAUACCUACAGGCGAGGCUGAUAAGUGCAAAAUGGUGCAAUCCGUGCCAGUCAACCAAGAGUACGGCAAAAAGAACCACUUUGCCGUGGACGCUAGGGAAGCGGGAACAGGCGCAGUUACGUGCAAAAUUGUUUCUCACUCUGAAGCGAGUGACGUGGACAUCGACAUUAUCGAGAAGGACGGGUUCUUCGAUAUUUUCUAUGUGCUGAAGGAUCCCGGAGACUACGAUCUGGACAUUAAGUUUGGCGGCCAAAACAUCCCGAAUGGAACGUUCACGAUCAAGGCAGUUGACAACGUCGAGGAACAGGUUGCAAAAAGUGCCACCAACAGUUCCAGCAAGACUACUUCCUCGGCUAUUUCCGAAAACCACAGCUACCAGCACCAGGAGUCUUACAUCGAGCAGGUUUCAUCCGUUUCCAAAUCCAAGCAAUACAUCCAACAGACCGCCAGUGAGGAGUUCCUUGUCCGGGAGCGAUUAGUGAACGGCAAACACGACAGCGUGUCCACGCUCAACAGCGUGCAGCAAUUGUCCACCAGCACUACCAGCAGCAGCAGUGCAACCAACGGCAACGGUACAACCGAGCACGAUAACCAUCUGAACGGUACAGCUCAAUCGGCGAACCGCUUCCACGUCUUCAAGCUCGAUCGUCUUAACAUCCCGCAGACCGGCGGACCCGUCACAGCCGAAGUCAAGAUGCCCAGCGGACAGGUAGACAAGCCGGUGAUCGAUGACAACCACGAUGGUACGGUCUCGAUCCGCUACGAACCGAAAGAGGAAGGUAUCCACGAGCUUGCGGUCAAGUACAACGGUGAGCAUGUGCAAGGUUCCCCGUUCAAAUUCCACGUGGAUUCGAUCUCGUCCGGGUACGUGACGGCGUACGGAACGGGUUUGGUUCAUGGAGUCACUGGCGAACCGGCGCAGUUCAUCAUCUCCACCAAGGGUGCCGGUGCCGGUGGUUUGCAGAUGGCCGUCGAAGGUCCCAGCAAAGCGGACAUUACCUACCACGACAACAAGGAUGGUACGGUGUCAGUGUCCUACUUGCCGACAGCACCCGGCGAGUAUAAAAUUUCCGUCCGCUUCGGCGACAAGCACAUCAAGGGCUCGCCAUACUUCGCGAAGAUUACGGGUGAGGGCCGCAAGCGUAACCAGAUUUCGGUCGGUUCCUGCUCGGAGGUGACACUGCCCGGCGUCAUCAGCGAUAAUGACCUCCGUUCGCUGAACGCCUCGAUUCAGGCACCGUCCGGACUGGAGGAACCGUGCUUCCUGAAGCGCAUGCCCACCGGCAACAUUGGCAUUUCGUUUACGCCGCGCGAAAUCGGUGAGCAUACGGUGUCGGUGAAGCGGCUGGGCAAGCACAUCGCCAACUCGCCCUUCAAGGUGAACGUGUGCGAGCGCGAGGUGGGCGACGCGAAGAAGGUGCUCGUGACGGGCAAUGCGCUGAAGGAGGGCAAAACGCACCAGGACAACGUGUUCUCGAUCGACACGCGCAACGCCGGGUACGGUGGUCUGUCGCUCUCGAUCGAGGGACCCAGCAAGGCGGAGAUCCAGUGCACGGACAAGGACGACGGCACGCUCAACAUCGCGUACAAACCGACCGAGCCGGGCUACUACAUCGUGAACCUCAAGUUUGCCGAUCACCACGUGACCGGAUCGCCGUUUACGGUGAAAGUUUCGGGCGAGGGUACGAACCGCCAGCGGGAGAAGAUUCAGCGCCAGCGCGAGGCCGUGCCGAUCACCGAGGUUGGCAGCCAGUGCAAGCUGACGUUCAAGAUGCCUGGCAUUACGUCCUUCGAUCUGUCGGCUACGGUGACGUCACCCGGUGGUGUCAGCGAGGAUGCUGAGAUCCAGGAGAUCGAAGACGGUCUGUACGCCGUGCACUUCGUCCCGAAGGAGCUGGGCGUGCACACGGUGUCCGUCAAGUACAAGCAGAUCCAUAUUCCUGGAUCGCCAUUCCAGUUCACCGUCGGCCCACUCAAGGAUACCGGAGCGCAUCUGGUCAAGGCUGGCGGCCCAGGUCUGGAGCACGGCGAACAGGGUGUGCCGGCCGAGUUUAACGUGUGGACCCGCGAAGCCGGUGGUGGCACUCUCGCCAUCUCGGUCGAAGGCCCUAGCAAAGCGGACAUCGACUUCAAAGAUCGCAAGGAUGGGUCCUGCGAUGUAUCGUACGUCGUCAGCGAACCAGGCGACUAUCGCAUCGGCUUGAAGUUCAACGAUCGCCAUAUUCCGGACUCUCCGUUCAAGGUUUACAUCUCGCCGGCGAUGGGCGAAGCGCACAAGCUGGAGGUGGCUCAGUUCCCGACCGGCUGUGUGCAGGCUGACAAGCCGGCCCAGUUCAUGGUGCGCAAGAACGGUGCCAAGGGUGAGCUGGACGCGAAGGUCGUUGCACCCUCCAACAACGAGGACGAUUGCUUCAUCCAGCUGAUCGAUCAGGAUCAGUAUUCGGUGCGGUUCUACCCGCGCGAAAACGGCAUCCACGCGAUCCACGUCAAGUUUAACGGCGUGCACAUACCCGGCUCGCCGUACCGCAUCAAGGUGGGCAAGGACGACGUCGACCCGGCAGCCGUACACGCCUCGGGCAAGGGUUUGGGCGAUGUCAAGACGGGCGAAAAGACCGAUCUGAUCAUUGACACGUGCAAUGCCGGCGCCGGUACGCUUGCCGUGACCGUGGACGGUCCGGCAAAGGUAGCGAUGGACUGCACGGAGGUGGAAGAGGGCUACAAGGUGCGCUACACGCCACUCCUGCCCGGCCACUACUACAUGACGAUCAAGUACAACCAGAUGCACAUCGUGGGAUCGCCGUUCAAGAUCAACUGCACUGGCGAGAGCCUUGCCGAGGCAGGCGGCCAGGAAACGUCGUCGGUGAUCGUGGAAACGGUGGCGAAGGUAUCAAAGGGUGGCAACAGGACCGGCGUCAUCCUGCCAAUCUUCAAAUCGGACGCGAGCAAAAUCCAAUCGAAGGGCAUGGGCCUCAAGAAGGCGUACAUGGGCAAGCAGAACCAGUUCACGAUCAAUGCCGGAGAUGCGGGCAACAACAUCCUUUUCGUAGGCAUUUACGGACCGAAAGGGCCGUGCGACGAGGUUUUCAUAAAGCACACGGGACGCAACCAGUACACGGUCAACUAUUUGGUUCGCGAACGCGGUGACUACAUUCUGCUGGUGAAAUGGGGCGACGAUCACAUCCCUGGCUCGCCGUUCAAGGUGGAAGUUUAAAGACCGCACAGCCGUGUGUACCUCCCAGACGCCAUAUUCACGCCGCCCAUCGCCGUCCUGUCAAGCGACACUCUCGAGACCAAUCAUCCAUUCUGAUGUUCUGAUGUACUCUUAUGAGCCCACAAACACCCCCAUACAUGCACACGCACACACACACACACACAAACCUGCAAGUUAUCCUAGGCCUUGUAACUGUCGCGAGCAGGCUCCCGCAUGUCCGACGUGCAGUCCUUACCAUGCAGCAUGCUUUUAAUGAUGUGGUUAAGUUUAAAAAGGGAGAUUUUGUGUGCAGUCCUUACCAUGCUCUCACCACUACCACCAACACCCCCCCCCCCCCCCAUCCCCCAACCCCCCUAAAAAAACCUGUUAUACUGCAUCAUUCGGUUCGGAAGGUCGGUAUUAAGACACGCAUGCGCGCCUCGUUCGGUAAGGUGCACGCAAAUCGUUUUUUAUUUUCAUUUUAACUACUAUUCUUACCACCCUGGUUUUUGUGAGUCUCCGUUCGAAACAACCCCGACUGUCGUGUACAGUAUGUACGUUUUUUUUUUUAACUAGUUUUCCGUCUCACUUGUAAGCGUGCUUAACGCACCUUUGUUUUUUGUUCAGUUACUCGCUUUUAACCCCCUCUUUCAUGUUAAGUGUUUAUAUUUGUGUCCUUAAACAGCAGCAGCAGCAGCUGCAGCGCACCUGUUUUCGAUUCUUCCACCAUCUGUGGCGCUCUUCAGUUCUAUUUAUUGUGGUUACGUUCUUUUAUUUUGUUUUAUAAAUUAUAUUAUUAUAUAUGUAUACUUAUUUUCUUCCAUUUGUACCCCGUGAAGCCCUACUUCCGUUUGUGGAAACGACGACCACAGUCACAACACAUAAGGUUUAAGUAAAAGUUGUCAAAUCGAAAUAUCAAAAAAGAGACAAAAAAAUAAAUAAAGCGAUUGUGUAAACGAU